AUGCCCAGCCUAUUUUCUCGUACUCGCACAACCUCGACACCACAGAAGCGACAUAAUCUACCCGCCGACGAGAACUAUGGACUAGGGUCCUCCGAUGAGUUUGGAAGGGUCAACAGCCGUCUUUCCAACCGCGGCGUCACCCUAGGCACGCCUUCCAAAAAGGACAAGAAGAAGGACCAAAAAUUUCAGAAAACCUUUCCCUCUGGUCGGGAAGAGUCUGAGCAGCCUCUGGAUCCACAGUUUCCAGAUGGCGCUUUUCUACCCUUAAACCUCGAAAAACCUCGAAACGACAAUGCUUCAGAAUACCAUAAAGAACACGAUUACGGGUACCUAUCGUAUGAACGACACGUGGUGUUGGGUAUCGAGCAGGUCGAGAGGCUGGUAGAGGUUGUAGCGGAGGAACUGGAGACUCGCGGUGGGAUAACGACCCCCUUCAUUUUUUCUACGACCGCCCUGGACAUAUCGUCAUCUGCAAUCAAACGUCUGAUUCGCAGUUUCAUUGGUUCCUGUGAAUCUUUCUCUGGUCAGAAAGCCCAGGAGGCGGAGGCAAAGUGGAGGGAAGAAGCAAGAUUUGCAGGUCCUCAUGAAUUGGGGAUGUGUCUGCGAUGGGGACUGGCUCGUGUCAUCAGAUCUGUUGGUGGUCAGGACGUCCGUGGUUUGGUCUCAUGGGAACACUACGUUGAGUUCCGCGAAUCAGAGGCAGCACUUCAAUACCCUCCAAUACAUUUUGCCACACAUUUCCUGCCACCUUUACCGCCCCCUCUUCAAGCCAUUAUCGUCCGACUUCUCGACUUGCUUUCUCGACUAGUCGCCAAUAGUACUUCAUCAGGGCAUACACCCCCAACACUUUCGCCGCUCUUUGGCCCUCUUUUCUUUGGCCUUGGCCCCGCCACGCUUGCUUUCCAUCAUGCAUACAUUCAUUACUUACGCGCUGUCAGCGCCAUGGAACAUCUCAUUCUUUCUUUCGUCCGAUGGAAAGACACCCCUCGGGUGCUACAGACUUCAAAUCCUUCCGCCAGCGCAGCGUCUCUGGGAGUUCCUGUCAGGCUCAAAGAGUGGAUUAAGGGAUACCCCUCCAUGCUGCCCGAUAUCCAGCAAAAGAAGCCUCAGCCUCGCAGAGGUGCCCGUACCGUUCGCGUCACUAGUGUACGCAGAAACGUCAGGAUGUAUUCUCCGGAUCUUGUCAAAACUGCAUCUACAUGGGCAUACAGACCACCGGGAUCAAAUGUUAGCAAUGGUCUCGCCAAUUCGAAGGAAUGGGACAGAAUUGCACCCGCUACAUUAAAGUUGGCUCCUCGUUACUCGGAAGGAUACAAGAAGAGGAUGGACAUGCCAGCCAACUUCAAUCCAGAUAUUUCGCCGGGUGCUGCUAUAAACAUGAGUCCAUCCCAGUCAACCUCAUCAUAUCUAUCUACUACUUCAACUUCCACGGGCAACAGUUCCCUUCUUCCGACAUCAGAUUAUUUCGGCCUCAGUGGUGUUCGAGAAGGUGAAGAUAAGUUUAGGAGUCUCACGGAUCUGAAAUGGGGUGAAUUCGAGUCUAUGGGAUUCGGCGGUCUUGGGGACGAGAAGAAACUUCAGUUUGACCUGACAGAGUCUGCAAGAACAGAACGCUCGGCUAAACGGCAGACGUUGUCCUGGAACGACUUUUCUUCUGCAGGGUUCUCCCGCAUGGAUGCCCCUUUAAGUGCUACUCUCCAAUUCAGCACACCUCUGACACAUACCAUCUCGUCAUGGCCAGCACAAAGCGCUGAAAUGACCAAGAAAUUAAAGAAAACACAGAAGCAAUUGCCAGCAUUCGGUUGGGACACUGAGCCUGUUAUUGGGACCGAGGAAGUCAUUGAAGAAGCGUUUCUGGACGUAUUCUGCGAUCUCAUCUAUGGUGGCGGUUGGAUGGAUCUUGAAAGGGGUGAGAUGCUUGACAGAGACUGCAAUUGGGCUUUGGUCGAAUACAAGUCUUUGCCGCCUUCUCGGACGACAGCUUCUGGCGGUGCAGAUCCUCGUACAUCGACAGCUCUUCUUUUGUUCGAGGAAUUUGUUCCAUUGGAAUAUCGUGAGCAACUAGCGAUCAAAUCAUCCAACCGCCGACGUUUGCCGUCUCUUUUCUCUACAUCGAACAAGAAGACCUGGAAACAGGCACCGACUCUUAAUGGUCGUCCCUAUGUCGUUGGGCAUGUUCCACAUAGCCCUUCUAUUCGUGAAGUUGAAUUCGAAGGUUUACUUCAUGGCACAACUUCCACCAAAGUUCUAUCACUCAAUCCAAAGGCUUCACGUUUGCAAACUCCAGUAACUACCGCUCCGCCUCCCUUACCUGUUCCUCAUGCAACUCAAGCCCCCGUUGUAAAGACGGUACCGGCGCCCACAGUUAAAGCUGAAUCCGAGGCACAUGCUGCACCGAAGAGCGACGAGAUGCAUUCCGACUCUACAACAUCACCGUCCGUGAAGAAAUCGUUGUUUAGACUUCCAACGACGCCCGGCUCGAAUCGAAGGUCAAUGAUCCCAGCUGCCUAUUCAAGCGUUGAUUUUGAAACCAGAAUGGCCAGCUAUAGUGACGAUGACGAAAAUGUCAAUCCAAAUGAACCAGAAGACGUCAAGCAGAAGCGACGUGAAUCGAGCGCGGACGCCUGGGUUGACAUCUUGGUGGGGAGUCAGAGCCGGAGGAUGGGGGGCCAGGAGGCUGAGUUCUCGGACAGAAAACGUGGGCAAGGUAGUAAGCCUUUGGAUCCUGACGAUGCUAGUCUGGAGGUAGCUCAGGUUCUUGCUGCUGUUCAAAACCGUGCUCCGUCUCCUUCGAGUGUGAUGGAGCGUGUCGACCAGGAUUAUGGCAUGGACCAUCAUCUCUCGGAUGAUUAUGAUAUUGACGAGGUUGAGACGGUUCCUAGAACCAGCAAUGUUGAAGAAGACUAUGACAGCGAGUCGGGCCUUGCCUACGAUGAUUCCGAGAUGGAUCAUGGAGACCAACCGCAAUCCGCAGUUUUAAGUGCCCUUCAAGCUGCCAGAAACCAACGCCGUCUGGGUUAUUUCGACCUCCAUCCUGAAAGACGGAAUGCUACACAGUCCAUGAUUGAUGAAGACAAUCUUCGAGCGAAACUUUCCAACAAUGACAGCGAAGAUGAAGAUGAAGAAGAAGGACAAGUGCACAAUAUUGCUGAAAUUCGACCACUUCCCGUUCCACCUGUCGCACCUGUUGCUCAGCCAACCAUCCAGCAGCCUAGUCCUCAGGCCCCGGUCAGAUCAACCGUUGCAACUCUCAAUCGGUUACAGGAUCUGAAAUUAGACAAUGGUGCAGCUCCUGCGGUUAAUAAUGGCCUCCCAUCGACGCCAAGUAAAACCGCAGCUCUCAUCGAAAUGUACCGGGAGCGUGAGCGUGGCGGUUCUCCAAAGACCAACCCCAUCAACGUUGUCCCUGUCGUCAUCGCCCCCCUUGCUCCCUCCCGUCUUCCCGUCCGCACAGCUUCUUUGCCUAAAGAAAGCUCCCUCACGGCCACACCUUCCCCCAAAGUUUCACCAAGGCCGUCACCUUCUGAAUCGUUAGCAAUAGAUCUUCCUCGCAUCCCUCUUGAAGAGACUGGGCGAAGCAGCCCUGGUCGCUAUCAACACGGUGCCCCCCUCCAGAACGUCAUCGAAGAAGACGAGGAGUAG